AUGGAGGAUGAAGGUGUUGCUCUCGAUGAAGAAGUUGCUUCGGAGCAUAGUUAUCAGCAUGAGGAUGGCCCUUUUGACCAAAACGGUGAAUGCAAGUCGACUGAUGUUGAAAUGACCAAGGAUGAUUAUUUCAAGUCGGAUGAACAUUUCGCGCAGGGUAGCGGGCCGCGUCCCAUGCGCCCGAUGCGACACACAACGCCACCCAUGCAGUAUCGUUCUGGACCGGGCCCCCGGGCCGCUUUCCCUCCUGGUUUCAGAGGACCCCGCAUGCCCAUGCACAUGCCUGGGAAUCCACAUGGAAUGCCAUUUAUGAGACCUGGAAUGGGCCCCAAUCGGAAUGGACCCCCAUUCGACGGAUACGGACCCCCUAUGGGAAUGCAACGCGGACCUAUGAGGCACCCUCAACAGUUCCCGCCUCGUUACCCGCCCAUGCCUGAAGACCACAAGGAGGAUAUGGAUGAUUCUGUACCGUACGGGGAAUCUAUUGUUCCAGGCAAUGAUUACGAUGCACCACCCAAUCCAAAUUCUUACCCGAAUAUGCAGCCACAGAUGCGUCCUCGUGGACCACCUCCGCCAUACAUGAUGGGGCCCCAUGGUGGGCCUCACCCUUCUGGUCCGCCGCAUGGCCCGCCCCCUGGAGGCCCGGGAUUUGCCGGUCCGCCCGGACAAAACUUCGGUGGUCCCCCUGGACCACCCUUUAACGGCCCACCUGGACAAUCCUUCAACGCCCCUCCUGGGCAGCCCUUUAACGGCCCUCCUGGGCAGUCUUUCAACGCUCCUCCUGGACAGCCUUUCAAUGGCCCACCAUAUAGUGGUCAUGGCAUGCCUGGAAGUAAUGCAAAUGGACCUCCUUUCAGUGGUCCAGGGCCGGCUUAUGGCGGACCCGGAGCAGGUCGGCCAUUUGGUGGCCCUCCUGGUCCGCCUUUUUCUGGCCCCCCAUCCAACCAGGGGGCCCCUCCCGGCCCAUCUUUCGGACAGAGCUUCGGCGGACCACCUCCAGGAUCAGGUUCAAAUGGUCCUCCUGCCAAUCCGGACUUUAACGCUUCUGGAUCGAAUUUUAAUCAGCCUCCCGGACCGACUUACAACGCGCCACCUUUCCACGGCCCUGGCGGAUCCAACUUCCCAGGUCAAGCACGCCCACCAUUUGGUCCUCCUGGGUCAACAGGCCCUCCGGGUAUCCCUCCCUCUGGUCCACCCGCAGUUCCGCCGCCUGGUUCACAUGCGGCGGCUAAUGCUCCACCAGGUGGCCCGCCGAUGCCCUCAGUGGCGUCACCCUCGGGAGCUCUAACGCCACCUAGCAGCGUUGCGAAUUCACAACCUGCUCCUGCUCCAAUUAACCCUGCAGGGACACAGUCUGCUCCUUUCGUUACUCCGGAGACCUCGACCGUUCCUACCUAUCCUGUUGCCCCGCCACCAUUUGGAUCGCCCCGUCCUCCCUUUAGCAUGCCCGGAACGCCACCGACCUCCUCGGUACCACCGAACACAUCUUCGGCAUCUAUAAAUGCUCCGGCAGCGGCUCCGCCUAUGUGUCCGCCCCCAAUUCCCCCAACAAUACCUUCAGGUUUCGCGUUUCCGGCCGGCGGACCGUCUGAAAGUGUUCCGUUUGCCAUGCCACCAGGAUUCCCAGGCCCACCCGGUGGGAUCGGUCGUCCAAUGGUUGGGCCGUUCAUUCCAUCCCAACCCUUAGGCCCGGGGGCACCGACAGUUCCUC